CUGGCUGGUGGUUCCCUCUCCCGCGGGCGGGCUCCGCACACCAUCCCGGACCUGCCCUGCCCGCUGCUCCCCGGCGGGCCUUGGGGUGGGGGAGAACCUCAGCCGCUGCCCCGGUGGGGACCCAAGGAGCAAGAGAGGUCCACUGGGCCUGGAGCCAGGCAGCGUCGCAAGUUGCCGAGCACCCAGGAACUGCGAGCCUCGCGGGCCAGAGUGGGCGCCUACAGCAUGGGCAGCGAUCGGAGUGCCCCCGGACGGCGCAGCUGGGCGGGUGGCCCUUUCAGUGGCCGGGAUACAGCAGCGCGCCCGUGGCUGCUGCCACUAUUGCUGGUGCUCCUGGACUGCCUGGGCCGCUGCGCGGCAGCUGAGGACGCCGAAGUGCAUGUCGCCGAGAAUUGGCUGCGGCUCUACGGCUACCUGCCCCAGCCCAACCGCCACAUGUCCACCCUGCGCUCGGCCCAGAUCCUGGCUUCGGCCCUCUCGGAGAUGCAGCGUUUCUACGGGAUCCCUGUUACUGGUGUGCUAGAUGAAGAGACCAAGGCGUGGAUGAAGCGGCCCCGCUGUGGGGUGCCAGACCAGUUCGGGAUGCACGUGAAAGCCAAUCUGCGGCGCCGGCGGAAGCGCUAUGCCCUUACCGGGAGAAAGUGGAGCAGCCACCACCUGACCUUCAGCAUCCAGAACUACACAGAGAAGCUGGGCUGGUACCACUCGAUGGAGGCAGUACGCCGGGCCUUCCGCGUGUGGGAGCAGGCCACGCCAUUGGUCUUCCAGGAAGUGCCCUAUGAGGACAUCCGUCUGCGGCGCCAGAAGGAGGCUGACAUCAUGGUGCUGUUCGCCUCUGGCUUCCACGGCGACAGCUCACCCUUCGACGGCAUGGGGGGCUUCUUGGCUCACGCCUACUUCCCCGGCCCCGGCAUGGGUGGAGAUACCCAUUUUGACGCAGAUGAACCCUGGACCUUCUCCAGCACAGACCUACAUGGGAACAACCUCUUCCUGGUGGCAGUGCACGAGCUAGGCCAUGCACUGGGCCUAGAGCACUCAAGCAACCCCAGUGCCAUCAUGGCACCCUUCUACCAAUGGAUGGACACGGACAACUUCCAGCUGCCUGAGGACGACCUCCGUGGCAUCCAACAGCUCUAUGGCACCCCUCAUGGUCAACCCCAGCCCACCCGGCCCCUCCCCACUGUGACAGCCCGGCGACCAGGCCGGCCAGACCAGCGGCCUCCCAGGCCCCCACAGCCAGCACCCCCACGCGAGAAACCAGAGCGGCCCCCAAGGCCAGGCCCUCCAGCCCAGCCCCGAGCCACAGAGCGGCCUGACCAGUACGGACCCAACAUCUGCGAUGGCAAUUUUGACACAGUGGCCAUGCUUCGUGGGGAGAUGUUUGUGUUCAAGGGCCGCUGGUUCUGGCGUGUCCGGCACAACCGCGUCCUCGACAACUAUCCCAUGCCCAUUGGCCACUUCUGGCGGGGGCUUCCCGGCAACAUUAGCGCUGCCUAUGAGCGCCAUGACGGCUGUUUUGUCUUCUUCAAGGGCAACCGCUACUGGCUGUUCCGAGAAGCGAACCUGGAACCUGGCUACCCACAGCCACUGACCAGCUAUGGCCUGGGCAUCCCAUAUGACCGCAUUGACACAGCCAUCUGGUGGGAGCCCACGGGCCACACUUACUUCUUCCAAGAGGACAGGUACUGGCGCUUCAAUGAAGAGACGCAGCACGGAGACCCUGGCUACCCCAAACCCAUCAGUGUCUGGCAGGGGAUCCCAGCCUCCCCCAAGGGGGCCUUCCUGAGCCAUGAUGCAGCCUAUACCUACUUCUACAAGGGCAGCAAGUACUGGAAAUUUGACAAUGAGCGCCUGCGGUUGGAGCCCGGCUACCCCAAGUCCAUCCUGCGGGACUUCAUGGGCUGUCCAGAGCAAGCAGAGCCUGGACCCCGAUGGCCUGAUGUGGCCAGGCCGCCCUUCAACCCCAACGGGGGUGCAGAGCCAGGAGCAGAUGGGGGCGGCGGCCAAGAGGGGGACACAGGAGGAGGAGCCGACAAGGAUGAGGACGGGGGUAGCCGCGUGGUGGUGCAGAUGGAGGAGGUGGCACGGACAGUGAGUGUGGUGAUGGUGCUGGUGCCACUGCUGCUGCUGCUGUGCAUUCUGGGCCUGACCUAUGUGCUGGUGCAGAUGCAGCGCAAAGGUGCACCCCGUAUGCUGCUCUACUGCAAGCGCUCCCUGCAGGAGUGGGUCUGAGCCCAUUGACCCACUUGUGGUGCUGAGGGGCAGUGGGGGCAGGGAUGGCCUUGGAAGCCAAGGCUCUAGAGAGCCAAGGGACUCCCUCCUUCCUUCCUGAGGCCCCACUGACCCCUUGUCAGUCCUCCUUGGGUUUUGUUUAUUUUGUUUGUUUGUUUGUUUUGUUUUUGUUUUUGGCACCUUGUAGUUCUGCUCCAGACAGGAAAUGAGGCCCCUCCAUACACCACCCCUGCUUGGCCACAGCCACAGGAUAGAGGCACAGAGGCCUGCAUUGGCAGAGCGGCCCGAGGGUUGUCCGUGUUACCCAGCCACUGCCCCUUCUGAGGCUGAGCUCCAGGACCACAGCUGUGGGCUCUGUUGGCCUUGAACCUUGCUAGCCAGGUCUAUCUGGGAAAGAACUUUUUACCCAGGAGCUAUACCAGCAGGGCAAGGGGAGAGAGGGGUGGAGUUCAUUACACAAAGUCAAGGUGAAAUUUGGUUUCCGCCCAGCCCACUGCUGAUAACUUCAGCAACCACCCCCAUCCUUAUGCCUAAAAACCCAUUCCCCUACCCCCAGCUGGCUGCUAGCUGCCAGAUCCUGUCUCCCUCUGCCCCUGCCAUGCCCCUCCAGCCCAUACCCCCUCCCUCCCUAGCAAAGGGGCCCCAAGCCUGCCUUACAAAGGACCAAAGGGAGCCUGCUGAAGCUGGUCCCCAAGGGUAGACCUGGCCUCCCAGGCCAGGCCAAGCAUUUCCUUUUCUGAACUAUGAUGCACCUGCUCCUCAUGGACCUCCUCCUCCUCGUUCCCCUCUGCCCUGGACUCACACACUGUCCCCAGGGGCAGAACUGCCCCAGCCCCCCCAGUUCUGUUGCCAGUGGUCUUGACAGGGAAUAAAGAGACUGGUAGGGUCACUGGCUGGGGUAGUGACAUUCACAAAUGGUGCCCACCUAUGAGGAUGCACCCCAAGCCUGUACAUCAGACAUGUGGCUUCUGCUUCCAGUCUCCCUAGGGGGAAUAUUGGCAGGGACAGGCCAGCAGCUCAUCUCCCCAUGUGGGGCCCAUUGUGGCCACAGAGGCUCCCCACCCGCCAGGCUUUGCCUGAGGGUGGAGGUGCCCGUCUGCGGCUGCUGUGGGACAUGGUACUGUAUGGCUGGCUCUGUGCCCUCUGCCUUCCCAAGGUCCCUAUGGGUGCAGAAUCCUGCAGGCUUCUCUCUGCCUGGUUGAUUCUCCUGGGCUGGCACCGAAUGCCCACCCAGCAGCAGCCCUGACCCCACUUCUGUAGAACCCAGAGCCAGCUGAGGUGCAGGUGGGAGAGGGCGAAGCGGCGUCUGCCCUAGGGAUUGACUUCUGUAAAUAAUCUACACUGAUUAAACUGUACAGCUGGCAA